AUGGCUUCCUCCAAAUAUGCCUACUGGGCUUUUGCUGCCGCCGGCCCGUUGGUCCUCUACUGCCUUUUCGUCGGGCUGCUCAUGAUUCCGUUCGUCCAAAGACAUACCCCGGACGGAGAGAGCAUCUAUGCCUGGCAUGUCCUCCCGCUGCCUGUCUAUGCCAAGAAUGAGGACCUCCUGAUCAAGCAGCCCUCUGCGCGGACCCAGGAUUUCGUCAAGACAGAAGCCUUCAAGUUGCUCAAGGACGAUCCCCAAUCUCGGCUGAUUCUGUACCUUCAUGGGAACGCAGGCCACAUCACACAAGGCGUCCGGGCUGCGAGCUACCAUGUUCUGACAGACACUUCCUCGUAUCAUAUCAUCGCGAUCGACUAUCGCGGCUUCGGCCACAGCACCGGCUCGCCAACCGAGCAGGGCCUCAUUACAGAUGCCUCCGCUCUUGUCGACUUCGCUAUCAACGUUGCCGGAAUUCCCGCGUCACGCAUCGUUCUCCUAGGACAGAGUCUCGGCACCGCUAUCACCUCAGGAGUCGCCGAGCGUUAUGCGGCCACGGGGGUGGACUUUGCCGGCGUCGUCCUUGUGUCCGGCUUUAGUUCAAUGCCCACCAUGCUUGCAGGAUAUGCCAUCGCCGGCUAUGUGCCCGUCCUGAGACCACUCAAAAUCAUCCCACCUCUGCUGAGGUGGAUAUUAGGGUUCAUAGUCGACAAGUGGCAAUCGGUUGAUCGCCUAGCGUCUUUGACUAAAUCGGUCAAAGAACGACGAGGCAGGUUACGGCUGUCUCUCAUCCAUGGCGCGAACGAUUGGGACAUUCCAUGCCACGAGAGCGAUAGACUGUUCGCUGCGGCUGCAAACGCCACCGUCGAUGGCGGUCUGGACCCGCAAGACUUGAUAGAAAUGAAAGAUGAGCGGACCGUGUGGAAGGGCGACAAGUACUUUAAGGCGACUUGGACAGCUGAACCAGACAUUGUCAUCACACACGAGCAGUUUCCAUACGGUGGUGAGUAG